AACGAGACAAGACACAGCAAGCACAGUGGCGAAGUCUCCUCACAGAGAGAGAGAGAGAGAGAGAGCUUCUCUCACUUCCAAUUCGGCAAAACAGGAGCCACCUCUCUCUCGCUCUCUCUCUCUCUAGCGUCUCUUGUUGUUCCUUCGAGCCUCGUUCUGACGGGGGGGCUAGGGUUCCUCUCCCCCCUAGAUCCUAGCGAAGGAGAUGGAAGCCUCUGCAGAUACCGAGUACGAGAGGAAAGAGCGCGUCGCCCUGGUCAUCAUCGUCGUGCUCGCCUCCCUCGCCAUGGCCUCCUUGCUCGUGGCCUUCAGCUACUACUGCUACAUCCGCAACAGGGUCUCCAAGCGCUUCAAGAAGACCCGAGGGUUUAAUGACGCCGAGAAAGGUGGUUUUGGGGAUCUGCAAGUGGCUUCCGAGAAGGGACUUCAGGUGUUCACCUUCAAGCAGCUACAUUCAGCUACUGGUGGUUUUAGCAAGUCUAAUGUGGUCGGGCACGGUAGCUUCGGAUUGGUCUAUCGAGGAGUGCUCAGUGAUGGCCGGAAAGUCGCCAUUAAGUUCAUGGACCAGGCGGGAAAGCAGGGAGAGGACGAAUUUAAAGUGGAGGUGGAGUUGCUGAGCAGGUUGCAUUCUCCUUAUCUGCUUACUUUGCUUGGAUAUUGUUCAGAUCAUAACCAUAGGUUGCUGGUGUAUGAAUUUAUGGCGAAUGGUGGUCUGCAGGAACAUCUAUACCCUUUGAGCAGUCCUAGUGCUCGCUACUCAAAGUUGGACUGGGAAACCAGGCUAAGAAUAGCACUAGAAGCCGCAAAAGGUCUGGAGUAUCUCCAUGAGCACAUUAAUCCUCCAGUGAUUCACAGAGAUUUCAAGAGCAGCAACAUCCUCUUGGACAAAAAUUUCCAUGCCAAAGUUUCUGAUUUUGGAUUGGCCAAGCUUGGACCUGAGAAAGCUGGAGGCCACGUUUCUACCCGAGUUUUAGGAACACAAGGAUAUGUAGCCCCUGAGUAUGCAUUGACAGGUCAUCUGACUACAAAAUCAGAUGUAUACAGUUACGGUGUUGUUCUCUUGGAGUUGCUCACCGGAAGAGUUCCUGUUGAUAUGAAGAGACCUCCUGGAGAAGGGGUUCUUGUGUCGUGGGCUUUGCCUCAGCUAACGGAUAGGGAAAAGGUCGUGCAGAUAAUGGAUCCUGCAUUAGAGGGGCAGUAUUCACUGAAAGAGGUCAUUCAGGUGGCAGCAAUCGCUGCAAUGUGUGUGCAGCCAGAAUCGGACUACCGGCCACUUAUGGCGGAUGUCGUGCAGUCGCUGGUGCCAUUGGUGAAGAAUUACCGCUCAACUGCUAAGGUAGGCAGCUCCUCUAGUCUUCAUUCCCCGAAGACACCAAUUAGAUCAGAAUCCGGAAAAUCAAGCAUGUGAAACUAGUUGGAACCUGCUGUAAGCAUUUUAUGGCGACUUCCUCAGCCGAGCAGGUGCUCUGGUCUUGCCGGAUGUAGAAUAUUGGCAAAGCUAUGUCAGGGACUUAUUAUCGAAGCCCUCUUGAAAAUGUGGCCUGAUUCAUUUAGCCGACUUGAGGGAUUAGCGAUCCGGGUAGUGCGUUUGUUCAUAUGCUGGCACCUUUCGGAGAUAACUUCAUGCGGAUCUCGUCUACUGUAGCACAACCUUGUCUAGGCUCUAACUAUUAUCUAGCUCUAGUCCUAGAAACUUCUUGUAAAACUUUAUAUAAGCAGCAACUAAGCUCAACCAAUCUUGACGGUAAUGGUUCAAUGAGUGGUGGUCUGUCAAAUUUCAUGGUUAGUUUGC